CCAUUAACAGGCAAAACUCAACAGCAGAGCCUGGAAGCCCACGGGAAGCUUGGAUGCCACAGAAGGAGGACUGGGUCCUCUGUAAAGGACUACUCACUGGAAUAUUUCUGAAGUACCUUGUGGAAUAACUACAGUCUCAGAAACGUACUGAGGCCUUUACAGCUCAGCGGAACCACCCUCGCCAGAGGCUAUACCGAGCAAGAACAAUGGAGGCCAGCAGGAAGCUCAUUUGCAGACAAAGGCAAGUCUUUUUCUUCUUUUUCUUCUUAGGCUUAGCUCAGGGGGGCUCUGAAUUUAGGCGUUAUUCUGUGGUGGAGGAAACUGAGGGGAGCUCUUCUGUAACCAAUUUAGCAAAAGACCUGGGUCUGGGGCAGGGGGAACUCUCCAGGCGGGGAGCUAGGGUCAUUUCCAAAGGAAACAAACUGUAUUUGCAGCUCGAUCAGGAGACUGGGGAUUUACUGCUAAAUGAGAAACUGGACCGUGAAGAACUGUGUGGUCAGACAGAGCCCUGUAUGCUGCGUUUCCAGGUGUUGCUAGAGAAUCCCUUAGAGUUUUUUCAAGCUGAGCUACAGGUAAUAGACAUAAAUGACCAUGCUCCGGUGUUCAUGGACAGAGAUAUGUUGCUAAAAAUAUCAGAAAGCAGUCCUCCUGGAACUAAGUUUCCUCUGAAGAACGCUCAGGACAUGGAUGUAGGCCGAAACAAUAUUGAAAACUAUAUAAUCAGUCCCAACUCCUAUUUUCGGGUCCUCACCCGCAAACGCAGCGAUGGCAGGAAAUAUCCGGAACUUGUGCUGGACAAACUGCUAGAUCGGGAGGAGGAACCUGAGCUCAGGUUAACCCUCACUGCUCAGGAUGGCGGUUCUCCACCCCGGUUUGGCACCGCUCAGGUCUACAUCGAAGUCGUGGACAUCAACGAUAAUGCCCCUGAAUUUGAGCCGCCUUUCUAUAGGGUGCAGAUCCCCGAGGACAGUCCCAUAGGCUACCUGAUUGUCAAAGUCUCUGCUACGGAUAUAGACAUAGGAGUCAAUAGAGAGAUUUCCUAUUCACUUUUCCAGGCUUCAGAAGAGAUUAGCAAAACCUUUGAGAUCAACGCCAUGACGGGAGAAAUUCGACUGAAAAAACAACUUGAUUUCGAAACAACUCAGUCUUAUGAGGUCAAUAUCGAGGCCAGAGAUACUGGAAGUCUUUCUGGGAAAUGCACCGUUCUGACUCAAGUCAUGGAUGUGAACGACAAUGCUCCAGAAGUCACCAUGUCUGCACUUACCAGGCAGAUCCCCGAGAACUCGCCUGAGACUGUGGUUGCAGUUUUCAGUGUUUCAGAUCUUGAUUCUGAAGAGAAUGGGAAAAUAAGUUGCUACAUUCAGGACGAUCUACCUUUUCUCCUUAAAUCUUCCAUGGAAAACUUUUAUACCCUAGUAACAGAGAGACCGCUAGACAGAGAGACCAGAGCAGAAUACAACGUCACCAUCACCGUCACAGAUAUGGGAACCCCCAGGCUGAAAACCGAGCACAGCAUAACCGUGCUGGUGUCCGACGUCAACGACAACGCCCCCGCCUUCACCCAGACCUCCUACACCCUGUCCGUCCGCGAGAACAACAGCCCCGCCCUGCACAUCGGCACCGUCCGCGCCACAGACAGAGACGCGGGAGCCAACGCCCAGGUCACCUACUCGCUGCUGCCGCCCCUCGACGCGCACGUGCCCCUGGCCUCCCUGGUGUCCAUCAACCCGGACAACGGCCACCUGUUCGCCCUGAGGUCCCUGGACUACGAGGCCCUGCGGGCGUUCGAGUUCCGCGUGGGCGCCGCCGACCGCGGCUCGCCCGCGCUCAGCAGCCAGGCGCUGGUGCGCGUGCUCGUGGCGGACGACAACGACAACGCGCCCUUCGUGCUGUACCCGCUGCAGAACGCCUCGGCGCCCUGCACCGAGCUGGUGCCCAGGGCGGCCGAGGCGGGCUACCUGGUGACCAAGGUGGUGGCGGUGGACGGCGACUCGGGCCAGAACGCCUGGCUGUCGUUCCAGCUGCUCAAGGCCACGGAGCCCGGGCUGUUCGGCGUGUGGGCGCACAACGGCGAGGUGCGCACGGCCCGGCUGCUGAGCGAGCGCGACGCGGCCAAGCACAGGCUGGUGGUGCUGGUCAAGGACAACGGCGAGCCGCCGCUGUCGGCCAGCGUCACGCUGCACGUGCUGCUGGUGGACGGCUUCUCGCAGCCCUACCUGCCGGCCCCGGAAGCGGAAGCGACGGACGCGGCGCCGGCCGACCCGCUCACCAUCUACCUGGUGGUCGCCUUGGCGUCGGUGUCGUCGCUCUUCCUCUUCUCGGUGCUGGUGUUCGUCGCGGUGCGGCUGUGCAGGAGGGGCGGGGCGGCCUCGGUGGGUCGCUGCUCGGUGCCCGAGGGCCCCUUUCCGGGCCACCUGGUGGACGUCAGCGGCACGGGGACCCUGUCCCAGAGCUACCAGUACGAGGUGUGUCUGAAAGGGGGCUCUGGGACCAGCGAGUUCAAGUUUCUGAAGCCAAUUGUGACCAAUUUUCAGGGCCAUUCCCCUGGCCCAGAUAUAGAAGAAACCCCCAACUUUAGGAAAGAUUUUGGUUUCAGUAUUCAGUGACAGUAAUUGUUUU